UGUCAUUUCUGAUUUAUAAGUCAUUUUAAUAAUUAAUCACGUCUAUAGAAGAAAAAGGAAUGGCAGCAGCCAAAGGACAUGGAAAAAAGGCAAAUAAACUGGAUUCAAAAUCACCCGAUGAUAUUAAAGAAAAAACUUAUUUGACUAGACAUGUUGAGACAUCUAUUUCUAUAUUAGAAAGUCCUGAAAAUGAUAUAGUAUUGGAAGCUCUGCUAUUUUUAUCAAAAUAUGCAGAUAUACGUUUAGUCAAUCUAACUUACCUACAGCAGAGAGGUCUUCUGAAAAAGUUAUUGAACCUUUUCGAUCGAAAUAUUUGCAUUUUAAGAUUAGCUCUACGACUUCUGAAUAUACUGUUAAGUAUUGAUGACGUUAUGGUUGAAUUUAAUCGAGGAAUAUAUGAUAAUCAGAUAAAGCAAAUAACUGAUUUUUAUAUCUGCCAUGAUGAUAAUUAUGUAAGAGAAUUUUCAGUUAAUAUUCUAAUAAAAUUGGCCACUACUUGUAGAAUAACAUGUUUAAUUUUUUCGGUAGACUUGCUAAAUCCAAUACUCCAAACGCUUCAGUCAAAGAAAAGUGAAGGUUUGCUGAAAACGACAAUCAGACUUUUGGACGUUCUUCUUAGCAGUCCUGCUGUUUUAAGUGUUCUACCGGAGUUACAAAAAUUCGAUGUUACAGUAAUACUUGAUUACAUGAACGAUAAUGACAAUGAGAUAGCCAGACUUACUUUCAACAUAGUAGCAAAACUAACAAUGUUCGGUUUAGAUGUGUAUCAAAGCAUUUUCCGAUUUCAUCAUUUAGUAGAAAAAAUGAUGGAAGUUGUAAUGGAUCCUGCAAAAAAGGAAAAUCAUGAGAUUGCCUUACAGAUCAUUCUAAAUUGCAUGAAUUCAGAUCUAACUUCUUCUUAUUUCGUUGAAUCGAUUCAAUUUUUAAAGUUAUGCGCUUGGGUAAAAUCAUGUGAUACGGAAUAUCUUCGUCCUUGCGUCGAAAUAUAUUCAAAAUUAUCCGCUAUGCCUCAAAUGAGGCAAGUUUUAUUCGAUCUAUCCGUAGAAGAGUCAAUUUUGUACUUCUUACGAAGUAACAAUAAAUAUAUACUAAAUAAAACAUGCGAAGCUAUAUCUAACAUGAGCGAGCACAAGUAUUGCUGCGAACAAAUGAUGACACCUGUAGUGAUGAGAGUAUUAUGUUCUAUGUUGGAGAGAAAUGACGAUGAAGAUCCCGAAAAUGCAGUAGCUAUUAAAACUAUUACCGAUCUCAUGAGAAGAUCUUUAAAAACCAUAGACUUUUUGAAUCAUUUCGGCGCACAACAAACUUUUAUUGAAUUGUUUAAAAAAGGAAUGAGCGCUUUUACCCAGGAAAGUUAUUUUAGAAUCCUCGAAGUUUUAUACCAAUUUUCAGUGCAUCCUAUAUAUAAAGAAUCCGUCGUUUGUGGAAAAUUUUUCGAGGAAUUAUUCAACAUACUGCAAAAUGGAACAGAAGAUAUAGCUAAUUUAAGUGUAGAAAUGCUUACUUAUUUUAUUCCGCAUCCGGAAUUUUAUGCAUUGCUUGUAAAAACUAAUGGACCGCAAAUUAUUCUGGAAAAACUAAAAACUACCAAAAAUCCGCAAUUGUUUAAAAGUUUAUUAGUUUUGAUUCACAGCACCCUUUCCAACGAAUCGUUUAUUAUGGAAUUUAUGAAAAGAAACUUGGUGAAAACUUUGAAAGAUUUUUCGGACUAUAUAAAACAAAAAGCACCACUGAUAAACACAAUUUUAAAAUUGAGUUAUGACGUAUAUUUACCAUUAAAAUUUUUCGAAAUGCACCGUAUGGAACUAACGGAUAAAUUAAAUAAUCAGUUUUAUUUAAUAUCCGGGAAAUGGACAGAUCCGUUUCCAUUUUUAGGUGUUUUUCUUCAUGAAAACUUGUCGCCGAUCAGAACAAUUUACGUAGUUGAUUUUUCAUAUGAAAUGGUUAAAUCAAAACAACGAGUCCCCACUCCAAAUUCCAAAGAAGUAAGUUGUAGAAGUACACCUAGGACCGAUGAACAGUCACCUAUAACGCAUUUGAUAUCAACACCGUAUGAAAUAAAAUACGGCGAUUUAUCACCCGAUCCGUUUCUACCAUCUUAUAUCUAUCACAUUAGAGAGUACUUCAAAGAGGAAACCGAUAUUAUUGAUAAAAUAAAAAUGUUGGCAGAGUAUGUCGAUACCAUUUUGUGUGGACCGGAUGAAACGCUGAAUAUACCCCAAAAGUUUCAUACGUUCAAAUUACAUAUUCAGACACUGAAAUUUAAAUUGGGUACGAACAUGAUUCCAAUUGGAUAUCUGCGGGUGGGUUUCCAUUGCGAGAAAGCGCUUCUUUUCAAAGCAUUAGCUGAUAGCACUUGUAUUCCUUGUUCGUUGGUUAAAGGCGCACAUAAUUUGUAUUGGAAUGAAGUUGCGGUGUUCAGUGGAAUUGGAUAUGAACAAACUUUAACAAUUUAUAUUGUUGAUUUAAUGAAUAAUAUUGGAAAUCUGAUGGCAAUGGGAAGCAAAGAAGCUAAUUAUUAUUGUAAUUCAUCGAAAUACAAAAGUAAUAAUUACAAUAAAAUUUAAAUUUCCUG